AUGGAAGACCAGGCCAAUUACCAGGAUGAAGGACGGCCGUACCGGUCUCACCUUCAUCCAGCUUGUUUCUCAUGCAGAAAACGCAAGUCGCGCUGCAAGACAAAAAGCCCCGCGGAGGUCUGCGUGAUGUGCCAGGCCUACGGUACAGAGUGCAUUUUCCCGCGUCCCGAUGACCCUCGACCGCAGAGAUCAAGUUGGCCGCGGAAGCAAACAUCAAAUUCACGAUCUUCCAGAUUCACGCGAGGCAAAAAUGAUGCCUUGAAUAGGCCGCGCAGUAACCCUCAGAUCCAGUUGCAAGGUGCACGAGUUGCGCAGCGGCCUAUAGGCCCCCAGAUACCUGCAACGAGCCCUGCAGAACCGCCUUCAGGUACAGCUAAAAGUCCCUAUGUAUCAGAUGGUAGCACGGAAGGCUUUCCUCACCUCAUGGGAAUUGCUGCCGAAGCAGACGGUGAUAGCUCCCACAUAGUUAGCCCGGCGGUCGCGGAUGAUAACGACAUCCUGGAGAGCUAUCUUUCCGCUACGCCCUCUGCUCAAACAAGAUAUGUGGUUCGUACAAACUCAAAGUCAGAUCGGCAUUUGGGACCCGUGCGGUUCAAUGUUGUGCCCAGACGGCCAUUGGGUAUUGUCGCAAAUCAGUCUUUUGCUGCCUCGAAAUGCGAGCUCAUUGAAAAGUACAUGGAACCCGAUAUCGACGAGUACUUAAACCUGUGUGUAUAUCUUUUCUUUCGCAAAGCCAAUCCGUGUUUUCCUCUUUUUGAUGAGGCUUCCUUUCGGAGCUCAUAUUCCUCUCACAAAGGGAAAGUCUCGCCUACUCUUCUUUGUAAUUUGUACGCAAACUCUCUUGUAUAUUGGAAGAGCUCUGCCAAACUAUCUUCCGGUCGUAUUCCUGAUAUACGCUAUAUAUGGAAUCAAGCCAAUGAGGCCCUCCAUUCGGAGCUAUUUCUAUCCCCUGGGAUCUCAUCAAUAAUGGCUAUACUCCUAAACGUUUGUGGCAGACCCAGUACCUCCAUGUUUGGCAAUGGUGGUAUGGUCGGUAUGGCAGUUGCGCUGUCGAAUGCAUUGGGUCUGAAUCGAGAUCCCUCUGGGUGGAACAUAUCAUGUCUGGAGAAAAGCCUCCGGAUAAGAAUAUGGUGGCUUGUGCUUAUACAUGAUCGCUGGUGUAGCCUGGCGUAUGGGACACCUUUACAGGUGCAUCGCGCACAGUACGACGUUCCCUUACCUACUGUGGAAGAUAUCUGUCCAAAUCCUGCCACAUCGCCUGACAGGGCAGCUGCAUCCGUCUUUGUUGCUCUAUCAAGCUUGACUGAUGUGCUAGGGCGCUACUUGGAGCACGUAUACAGCGUUUCAAGAGACUUUCCACAGUCCACGGAAACGUCUGAGACGGAUCUGGAGCAUAUUCUUCGAGAAUGGGAGGAAUCCCUAUGCCAUGAUGCCCGGCAUCUUGUGCUCCGUGGUGUCCAUUUAGACAUACCUGGUGCUGCAAACUUUCGAUUGGCAUAUCUGGCCGUCAAGCUGCUGCUUCGCCGCAUUCAACUAAACAUGAACAAGAGGUCGUUACAGGUCGAAGAUGAUAUGGUAUCUCCAUUUUACAUGCAGGCUCAGAGGGCAGCAGAGGAUAUCGCGUAUCUUGUGCAGGAGCUAGAUGAAUCUCAGUUCCACGGGUUUUGGAUCCCAGUUCACGCAUUUUCAUUGACGUCGGCGACAAUGUUUCUGCUUCGAAGCGGCCUGCGUAUGAGGAAUGAAAGUCGCAACACGCCCCUCAAAACCGCCCGGGAUAUGGUCAACGUUCUCCAAGCCCACCGACAAAAUUAUGAUUGGGACCUUGCCGAUAACUGCUUGGCCAAUUGCGGUGAACUAAUUGACAGGAUUAGCAUGGCAGAGAGCAACAAUUGUACUGUCGCUCCUGAAUUUCCAGGAAUUCCAGAGAGCUUAGAUAUAGAGCCAGCUGUUCUGGAGGAGUUGUUCGGUAUCCCUGGUUUCUCAGAAGGACUUGAUAUAUGCUCCCCUGCAUUUAGGAAUCAUCCGUUUCCGACGAUUGCGGUCGAGUGCCCUGAGCUCGGCCCAUCGGGUACCUACAUUGAUAAGGACCACACUUCAGAGGGCGCCGGUCUUAUACCAUCCCUAGCGUGGCCUUCUCCCACAGACGAUACUAACAGACAUGAUUCGGUUUAUCUGCCGCCUACACCAUACUUCGGUGCCGGUCCCCAUCGCUAUUUCUUUGAGCUCAUUGCGUUGAACGAUUCUAUUGAGACGGAUAACAUGAGCAUCUUGGCAAAGCCCGAAGAGAUCCAAAAAGAGAUCCUUGGAAAGGUUGCAGGUUGGGGUGAGUGGGUUGGAGUGUACAAGUACCUUUGA